GCGACGCGGCGCGGGCGCGGCCCUCCGGAUCACCUGCGAGAUCACGCCGAGGUUCCCGAUUGGGCUCCUCCAGAUCUGCAUCAAGGUGACGCUGGAGCCCCCCGCGGGGCUGAAGGCGGGCCUCUACCGCACGUACACGACGAUGGUCACGCAGGAGCUGAUCGACAAGAUCGACAACGAGAAGUGGCGAGCGCUCGUGUACGUCCAGUCCUUCCUCCACAGCAUUGUGCAGGAGCGGCGGAAGUUCGGCCCCAUCGGCUGGUGCAUCCCGUACGAGUACAACAACUCCGACCUGGACGCCUGCCUCCUGUUCCUGGAGAAGCACGUGUCCACGUCCCUCAUGGUGGGGCACGCGCUGUCCUGGGUCACGAUCCAGUACAUGGUGGCCGAGGCGCAGUAUGGAGGCCGCAUCACGGACGACCUCGACCGCGAGCUGUUCGCCACUUACGCGCUGAAAUGGUUUUGCGAGGACGUCUUCCGGCCGAGCUUCGCCUUCCACGAGUCGGAGCACUACAGCUACCGGAUACCCGAGGGGCUGGACAUCCAGCAGUACCGCGAAUCCAUCGACGGCAUCCCGGCGGUCGACUCGCCGGCCAUCUUCGGGCUGCACCCGAACGCCGACCUCACCUACCGCCUCAAGGAGGCCGACGAGAUGUUCUCGACGAUCCUGGAGACGCAGCCCAAGGAGCGGCUCGAGUCGGGGAGUCCAGCACGGACCGCCGUUUGCUUCUUCAACCUUUCGGCCCAAACUGGCUCCAUCUUCUCCGUCUGUGUAGACUGGUCGCACAGGCACUCGCCGAAGGAGCUGGUGACGUACAUUUCGAAGCCUUCGGACUUCUUGUGCUGGACUCGGAGAUCCUCGAACGUGUCCCGGUCCCUCUUCUCCGCCGAGCCGAAGUCUGAAAGCAUUUGGCUGGACCUCUUCAUGCCGUCCUGCUUUACCUCCAAAUGA